AUGGGAGAACUUGAGUUACUGAGAGAGAAAAUUGGAUUAAGUGAGUCGAAAGCCAAGGAAACGUUGAAAAAUGCUCAAGUUACUAAGAACUUACUCGCUUGUAUCGCUGAGGCUGAUAAAUUUGGAAAACUCGAUAAAGACUCAGGAAUUUUAUUGUAUCACUUGGCUUCCAAGAUCAAAGCUCAGAUAAUUGACAAGCUGGGUUUUGUAACUGAGUAUAUUGUUAAUAAAAAGCUAGAUACUACCCAGCGGGUUGAAGCCGCGUUGGCCUACUUGUUGAGUAACAUCUGCGACAAUGUUAAUAUUCCCGAGUUCGAAAAGGCUUGUGGUGUUGGGGUUGUUGUCACUCCGGAGCAAGUUGAAGCUGCGGUUGAGAAAGCUAUCAAGAAUCACUUAGAUGAUAUUAAAGAGCAAAGGUACCGAUUCAAUUCAGGUUUAUUGAUGGCAGAAAUAAGGGCUGAGUUAAAAUGGGCGAGCGGUGAGUCUGUAAAAAAUGAAAUUGGAGUCCAGAUGAUUGACAUUCUUGGACCCAAGACUGCUGAAGACGAAGCUCCAGUUGAUUCAAAAGCAGCUGAGGAAAAUUCCGACUCUGCAAGGACAAUAAGCGAGCUAAUGAAAACCAAGGUGCACUUCCACAAGCCUGGAGAAAACUACAAAACAAACGGCUACGUGGUGACUCCAAACACGCACAAACUACUCGCGGAGCAUCUUAAAAUCACCGGUGGACAAGUCCGAACCCGCUUUCCCCCAGAACCAAACGGAAUCCUCCACAUCGGCCACGCGAAAGCGAUAAACAUAAACUUCGGCUACGCAGCAGCCCACAACGGAAUCUGCUACUUGCGCUACGACGACACCAACCCCGAGAAAGAGGAGGAAAAAUUCUUCACAGGGAUCCGAGAGAUGGUAGAGUGGUUGGGAUAUCAACCCGCAGCAAUCACCCACUCAUCAGACAACUUCCAGCAAUUGUACGAAUUAGCAGUGAAGCUAAUUGAAAAAGGGCAUGCGUACGUUUGCCACCAGAAGAGUGAGGAGAUGAAGGGGUUCAACCCUCCCCCGAGUCCUUGGCGCGAGAGACCUAUUGCAGAAAGUCUCCAGCUGUUCGAGGACAUGAAGAACGGGUUGCUUGAUGAAGGAGAAGCUACCUUGAGGAUGAAAGUAACUCUAGAAGAAGGCAAGCAGGACCCAGUGGCUUAUAGAAUUAAAUUCACGGCUCACCACCGCACUGGAGACAAAUGGUGCAUUUAUCCUACUUACGACUUCACUCACUGUCUGUGCGACAGUAUUGAGAACAUCACUCACUCUCUUUGCACCAAAGAGUUCCAGACAAGAAGGUCUUCCUACUAUUGGCUCUGCAAUGUCCUGGACCUUUACUGUCCAGUCCAGUGGGAGUACGGAAGGCUGAAUUUGAGCUACACUGUUGUGUCUAAGCGAAAAAUUGCCAAGCUAAUUGACGAAGGCAUCGUUGCAGACUGGGACGAUCCAAGAUUGUUCACCCUGACUGCUUUAAGAAGAAGGGGAUUCCCUCCAGAAGCUAUCAACAAUUUCUGCGCCCAGAUGGGAGUCUCUGGAGCCCAGGCUAUUGUUGAGCCAGCGGUUCUUGAAGCUGCUGUUAGAGAUGUCUUGAAUCUAACUGCCCCCAGACACAUGGUGGUCAUCGAUCCUAUUAAAGUGACCAUCGCUAACUUCACAGACCAGCUUCCGACCAAAAUUGAGGUCGCUGAUUUUCCCUCUGAGCCUGACAAAGGACAACACUCUAUUGCUUUUGAUGAAAUUGUUUAUAUUGAAGCCGCUGAUUUUAGGGAAGUAGAGGAGAAAGGCUUCAGAAGACUCACUUCCAAGCAAUCGGUGGGGUUGAAGUAUAUUGGAGUGGUUUUGACGCUGCAAAAGGUUGAAAAGGAUCCUAGUGGAAAAAUUACUGGGCUGGUUGUUCGACAGGAACCUGUUAAUGAUAAAAAUAAACCUAAGGCUUUUAUUCACUGGGUUGCUAAGCCGAAACUUGCUUCUAUUAGGCUGUAUGAGAAGUUGUUUAAGCAUAAGAAUCCCGAGGAUGUUAAUGAAGUUCCUAAUGGAUUUCUUAGUGAUAUUAAUUCGCCGAGUAAGAGGGAAGUUGUCGGGUAUAUUGAUGCCGGCUUGUCUUCAACAGAACGGUGACACUUAAAGAAGAUGCAGGAAAAGUGUAA